AUGCUCGACGCAGUUGACAGCAACCGACCAGAACGUCGCUCCGCUCUGAUAGCACACGAACUGUCUAGGUUGGAUGUCGACAUUGCUGCCCUUAGCGAGGUCCGAUUCCCAGGUGUAGGCAGCCUCCAGGAGCAUGGCGCCGGUUACACCCUCUUCUGGUCAGGGAAACCUGCAACAGAAAGGCGCCUCUCAGGGGUUAGCUUCAUGAUCAGGACCUCCAUCGCCUCCAAGCUGGAAAACCUGCCAACCGGUCACUCCGACCGCAUCAUGUCUAUGCGCCUCCCUCUGAAGAACGAACAGUAUGCCACGCUCUUCAGUGUGUACGCCCCGACUCUCCAAGCUGAACCUGCAGAAAAAGACAGGUUCUACUCGGAGCUCCGAGGCCAUCUCCAAAGCAUCCCUGCAGAUGACAAAGUAAUAAUCCUUGGUGAUUUCAACGCCAGAGUGGGUCAAGAUGUAGAUGCCUGGAAAGGAGUUCUUGGCAGACACGGCGUUGGAAACUGCAAUGACAAUGGGCGCUUGCUGUUGGAGUUUUGCACUGAGCAACAACUGGUCAUCACCAACACCAUCUUCCAGCAAAAGGACAGAUUAAAAACAACCUGGAUGCAUCCUCGGUCCAAACAUUGGCACCUCAUAGAUUACAUCCUAGUGCGCCAAAAAGACCUCAAGGAUGUCCUUCACACCAGAGUGAUGCCCAGUGCAGAAUGUCGCACGGACCAUCGACUAGUGCGUUGCCAACUCAGGAUGCACCUCACACCCAAACCAAGGAAGAGAGGGCCCCCCACUAAAAAGUUCGAUCUCAAGAAGCUUCAGUCAGCUGAAGUGAAAGCUGACUUUCAGGCAGGCCUACAGUCCAAGCUUGAGAUCGUCGACUGCCCAGAAGACCCCUCACCUGAAACACUCUGGGAUCAACUGAAGACUGCCAUCCUGCAAACAUCCGAAGAAGUUCUGGGGUUUACCACCAAGAGGAACAAAGACUGGUUCGAUGAGAACAACCAAGAGAUCCAGGAACUGCUGACAAAGAAGAGGUCAUCCCAUCAGGCCCACCUGGCUCAGCCGUCAUGUCCUGUGAAGAAAGCUGCCUUCCGUCUCAUUUGCAGCAACCUCCAGCGCAAGCUUCGAGAGAUCCAGAACAAGUGGUGGACUAACCUCGCAGAGAAGACCCAGCUUUGCGCAGACACUGGUGACUACAGAGGCUUCUAUGAAGCCUUAAAGGCAGUAUAUGGUCCUACUCACCAUGUCCAGAGUCCUUUGCGCAGUACAGACGGACAGGCGCUCUUCACAGACAAGACUUCCAUCCUGAACCGUUGGUCCGAGCACUUUCAGGUCCUCUUCAGCGCUGACCGCGUCGUCCAGGACUCAGCAGUUCUCCGCAUUCCUCAGAAGCCAGUCAUAGUGGAACUGGAUGAACUACCAUCUAUGGAAGAAGUUUCAAAAGCCAUAGAGCAGCUGAAGAGUGGCAAGGCAGCAGGAGUUGAUAGGAUACCACCAGAGAUCUGGAAAGAUGGGGGACCAACACUACACAGCAAGCUCCACGAACUCCUUGUCUGUUGUUGGGAGCAGAGCAAGCUUCCAAGAGACCUCCGUGAUGCAGUCAUCAUCACUUUGUACAAGAACAAAGGAGAAAAGUCGGACUGCUCCAACUACCGGGGGAUAACACUGCUCUCUAUUGCAGGAAAAAUCCUCGCCCGAGUGCUUCUGAACAGAUUGGUACCCACCAUCGCUGAAGACCACCUCCCAGAAACCCAAUGUGGAUUCAGGACCAACAGGGCACCACAGACAUGGUGUUCGUCCUGA